UCGUGACCUGAGGGGAGCCCGCCCUCCUGUUCCUGGAGAGCCUGGGCACCAGCACUCACUGAGCUGCAGGAAGCCUGUCUCCUCCCAUCGCUGGAGGGCUGUCUGGUUUAGGCAGCACCCGGCAGGGCAGCCAUUAGUGGAUACCUACUGUAUGCCUGGUGAGGCCUCUGAGUCUGAGCUGAGGGGACCGGUUCAGGUGCCCAACGGACAGAUGCCACGGAUGAGAAGUCUGACCACGUGCACAAGCAGCCUGACCCCGAGCCCCACCAAGGGACACAGGCUCUUAACUCCUGGAAAUGUGUCCUCUGUCACCAACUUGCAAGAGUCAUCUGCAGCUGAAGUCCCAGAACUGAACAUGAAUGACCCGGCAAACCGAGGGGUGCAUUCAAGGACGCAAAAUCGAAUCUUGUUUGCAGACCUCAGGCACUGGGUCCUAGGGGCGGGCGUGGAGGACAGCUGGUUAGGACAGACGCACAGCAGCGGCAGGCAGCGGGUGCCCAGGGACAGUGCCAUGUGGACCGGCUGGUGGCUCUGGCCCCUGGUGGCCGUCUGCACUGCAGACCAGUUCCGGGACAAUGCGGUGAGACUCAUGCAGAGCACACCUGUCAUUGACGGGCACAAUGACCUGCCUUGGCAGCUGCUGAAGAACUUCAACAAUCAGCUUCAGGACCCGAGGGCCAACCUGACCAGCCUGAACAGCACGCACACCAACAUCCCCAAGCUGAAGGCUGGCUUUGUGGGGGCCCAGUUCUGGUCUGCGUACACGCCCUGCGACACCCAGAACAAGGAUUCGGUGAAACGGACGCUGGAGCAGAUUGACGUCAUCCAGCGCAUGUGCCAGCUCUACCCCGAGACUUUCCUGUGUGUCACGGACAGCGCAGGGAUCCAGCAGGCCUUCCAGGAGGGGAAGGUGGCCAGUUUGGUUGGCGUGGAGGGCGGCCACUCCAUCGACAGCAGUCUGGGUGUCCUGCGGGCGCUCUACCACCUGGGCAUGCGCUACCUGACUCUCACCCACAGCUGCAACACGCCCUGGGCCGACAACUGGCUGGUGGACACGGGAGAGGACGAAGCCCAGAGCCAAGGCCUGUCAUCCUUCGGGCAGAGUGUCGUGAAGGAGAUGAACCGCCUGGGCGUCAUCAUCGACUUGGCCCACGUGUCCGUGGCCACCAUGGAGGCCGCUCUGCAGCUGUCCAAGGCCCCGGUCAUCUUCAGCCACUCCUCGGCAUACAGCCUGUGCCACCACCGGCGCAACGUGCCCGACCACGUGCUGCAGCUGGUGAAGCAGACGGGCAGCCUGGUAAUGGUGAACUUCUACAAUGACUACGUUUCCUGCAAAGCAGAGGCCAACUUGUCCCAAGUGGCAGACCACCUGGACUACAUCAAGAAGGUUGCGGGAGCUGGAGCCGUGGGCUUUGGUGGGGACUACGAUGGUGUGUCCAGGCUCCCUUCCGGGCUGGAGGACGUGUCCAAGUAUCCAGACCUGGUCGCUGAGCUGCUCAGGAGACAGUGGACAGAGGAGGAGGUCAGGGGCGCCCUGGCUGAAAACCUACUAAGGGUCUUCAAGGCGGUGGAGCAGGCUAGCGAUCACAAGCAGGCUCCUGGAGAGGAGCCCAUCCCACUGGGCCAGCUGGAGGCUUCCUGCAGGACCAAGUACGGCUACUCAGGGACCCCCAGCCUCCACCUCCAGCCAGGGGCCCUGCUGGCCUCCCUUGUGACCCUCCUCCUCAGCCUGUGUCUUCUCUGACACUCCAGGGGCUGGCAUGGCCGCGAUUCCCUGUGCACUCAGGCUGCCUGGUCCUGGGCAGGCUGCAGGGCUCCCUGGGCAGCACAGUACGCAGGCACAGCUGGGCCCUCAAUAAAGGCACUGAGCCUUCAACUC